AUGGCGGCCACGCCUGCUUCUUCUUCUUCUUCUUCUUCUUCUCCACUCCACAUCGUGGUGUUUCCAUGGCUGGCCUUCGGUCACAUAAUCCCCUUCCUCGAGCUCUCCAAGCGGCUGGCCAGGCGAGGCCUCGCCGUCACCUUCGUCUCCACGAGGCGGAACGCCGACAGGCUGGGCGCGAUCCCUCCGGCGCUGUCCACCCACCUCCGCGUCGUGCCGCUGGACCUUCCGGCCGUCGACGGCCUGGCGGACGGCGCCGAGUCGACGGCCGACGUCCCGCCGGAGAAGGUCGGGCUCCUCAAGAAGGCGUUCGACGGCCUCGCGGCGCCCUUCGCUAGCCUUGUCGCCGAGGCCGCCUGUGCCACCGGAGGUGUCGCCGCCGCCUCCUCCAAGUUCUCGAGGAAGCCGGACUGGAUCAUACUCGACUUUGCCCAGAACUGGAUAUGGCCGAUCGCCGAGGAGCACGAGAUCCCAUGUGCCAUAUUCUCCAUCUUCCCAGCGGCCAUGGUGGCCUUCGUUGGCCCAAAACAAGAGAACCUAGCUCACCGGCGUACAAAGGCAGAGGACUACAUGGUGCCGCCGCCAUGGAUCCCCUUUCCCUCCACCGUCGCGUACCGACGGCGGCACGAGGCGAAGUGGGUCGCGGCUGGGUUCAGGCCCAAUGCCUCCGGCGUGUCCGACAGCGACCGUUUCUGGCAGUCGGAGCGUCCCUCCUGUCGCCUCAUCAUCUGCCGCAGUUGCCCCGAGGCGGAGCCGAGGCUGUUCCCACUCCUCACCAAGCUCUUCGCUAAGCCGGUCGUCCCCGCCGGCCUCCUUAUGCCUCCUAGUGUCGACGACGACGAUGUCGGUGUGUACACCGCAACGUCCGACCAGUCCUUCACGCCAGCCAUGAAGUGGCUGGACGAUCAGCCUGACAGGUCGAUCAUCUAUGUCGCUUUGGGGAGCGAGGCGCCACUGACCCAGGACCAGGUGCGCGAGCUCGCCCAUGGGCUGGAGCUCUCCGGCGUUCGUUUCCUCUGGGCGCUCCGUCCGCCGAGCUGGCACGCCGACAGCGACACCGUCGGCACCGUCCUCCCGAAUGGGUUCGAGUUGCGCGUCGCGCCGCGCGGCGUGAUCUCUGCCCGGUGGGUUCCUCAGCUCCACGUGCUGGCGCACCGCGCGGUGGGUGGGUUCCUGACGCACUGCGGCUGGAGCUCCAUCUUCGAGAGCCUCCGGUUCGCGCUGCCGCUAGUGCUGCUGCCACUCUUCGCCGACCAGGGCCUGGGCGUGCAGGCGCUGCCGGCGAGGGACAUCGGCGUGGAGGUGGCGAGGAAUGACGCCGACGGGUCGUUCCGUAGAGACGACGUGGCGGCGGCGGUGCGGCGGGUGAUGGUGGAGGAGGAGGGGAAGACGUUGGCUCGUAGGGCUAAAGAGUUGCGUGACAUUCUCGGAGACAAGCAGCGGCAGGAGGUGUACCUUGACGAGCUUGUUAGCUACUUGCAGUGCUACAAAUGA